AUGGUUUUGCUUUCAUGUCCAUUCGGCGGGCCCCACAACGGCCUCACCGCGCCGCCUACUCGCCGCUCCGGCCUCUCCGUCGCCGUCAGAGAGCGCCGACGUCAUGGAGGCGCCGCCGUCACAGAAGAGAUCAUCCCUGGCUUUCGCUUCUCUCGCUGCAGUUACCUCCAGAGCCUCCUUCGUCCCUCAGUCAUCCGAGAGCUUGAACUGGGGAGGCAUGGGCUAAAGCUUCUUCGAAGGAAUCCGUCGUCGUUUACGCCGUGUCUUGAUGGCCGGUAUUUGCUUUUAGGGCCGGAUAAAGAGUUGAAUCACGCGGAGAUUUCAAAGUUUUGUAAAAAGGACGCGGAUGCUUAUCCAAGGUAUGAGGAACAGCUCGAGAAGUUUUGUAAAUUUAUGGAGUCUCUAUUAGACUCACACCCCCCAGAAAUUAGGCACGAUGGAGGAUCCUUAAUGGACCAGGUUAAAGAUAAGUUGCAUAAGUCAGCAUUCUGGAGUCAUUUUCUCCAACAUGCUUAUAAAUUGGGACAGAAGGACAUGGUGGAAUUUGUAGAUCUUUUAGUUUCACCAUCAUCGAAGGUCUUGAAUAACUGGUUUGAGUCAGAUGUUUUAAAAGCAACACUUGCUACUGAUGCAGUGAUUGGGAGUAUGACAAACGUUCACACUCCUGGCUCAGGAUAUGUUUUGCUACAUCAUGUAAUGGGGGAAACUGAUGGUGAGCGUGGAGUAUGGUCGUAUGUUGAAGGCGGAAUGGGCUCAGUGUCCUUGGCUAUAAGUAAUUCAGCUCGUGAAGCUGGAGCUCAUAUUUUCACCAAUGCGGAGGUUUCCCAAAUGCUAGUGGAUGAGAAAACUGGUGAAGUAAUCGGGGUACAACUGGUUGAUGGAACAAAGGUGCAUUCUUCAGUUGUUUUGUCAAACACAACUCCAUAUAAGACUUUUGUGGAGUUACUGCCUCCAGAUGUCCUUCCCGAAGAAUUUCUCUCUGCUGUUAAAAAUAUCGACUACAGUUCAGGGACAACAAAGAUUAACUUAGCUGUUGAUAGGUUGCCUCAGUUUCUAUGCAGCAAUAGUGAUCCUGAGGCUGGCCCUCAACAUGUGGGCACCAUACAUAUUGGUUCUGAAAGUAUGGAGGAGAUUGAUUUAGCAUACAAGGAUGCUUUGAAUGGUGUACCUUCAAAGAGACCACUUAUUGAAAUGACAAUUCCCUCUGUCUUGGACAAGACCAUUUCUCCACCAGGUCAACACGUUGUUAAUCUCUUUGUCCAGUACACACCGUACAAACUCUCAGAAGGCAGCUGGCAGGACCCUAGAAUCAGGGAAUCAUUUGCUCAGAGAUGUUUCUCCUUGAUCGAUGAAUAUGCACCAGGAUUUAGCUCAUCUGUUCUUGGCUAUGACAUGUUGACGCCACCUGACCUUGAGAGGGAAAUUGGCCUUACAGGGGGAAACAUUUUUCAUGGUGCAAUGAGCUUGGAUUCUCUAUUCUUAAUGCGGCCAGUUAAAGGAUGGUCAGGCUACAGGACACCUCUGAAAGGGUUGUAUCUAUGUGGGAGUGGCGCACACCCUGGAGGUGGUGUGAUGGGUGCACCUGGGCGUAAUGCUGCUUCUGUGGUUAUCCAAGACCUGAAAAGUUCAGCAACUACCUGAAAUGAAUCCCGGUUUAUUGUUUGGUUGCGCUAUGUUAUUCACCUAUCCCAGUAUCACAUGAUCAAAGCUCUGUGCCUUUGAACAGAGCAUCGCUACUUGAUGAGUUGUUAUUGAUUGCUUCUGCGGCCAAAGAUAAAUUAUGUACCAGAGGCAGAGGCCACUUCUGUAACCAAAGACGAGUACCUUAGCUUCGCAUUAGUUCUAGUUACUUUGUAUUGAGCCUUUGAUGGGCUUAACUUACAUUGUUUCUGAUAAUUUAUCUAUACUUAUAAAAGAUAAUACCCGUGUCAAAACUUUUAA